AUGGCGAAAAGGACAGCACCCACCUCCAGCACCACCGGUCCCGCGUUUCCGCCCCUCGGACUGGUGGUUGGGCCAGGUGCGCCAGCAGCUAGCUCCCUACACCAUGGCUCGCAUUCCUACUCCACCUCCAAUAACGCAUCCAGCUCUCCACCAGUAGAACCACAGCAUACAGCCAACGGCCUGCCACCAGCGCCCAACAAAUUUGAUGUCAGCCAAGCUCAGCAGUGUCGACUACAAGAUGCGUAUUGGUCAGAUGAAGAGGAGGAUAUGGAUUGUCCGUUGUGCCUGGAAGAGAUCGAUCUUUCUGACGCCAACUUCAAGCCAUGCCCAUGCGGAUACCAGAUCUGUCGGUUCUGCUGGCAUCACAUCAAGCAGAACCUGAACGGUCGAUGUCCCGCAUGUCGUCGAAAGUACUCGGACCAGACGGUCGAGUUCAAGCCUAUGACUGCAGAAGAGAUCAAGCGACUCACCCAGGCCAAGAAGCAGAAGGAGAGGGAAAAGAAGGAGCUCGAGUCUAUGAACCGCAAGCAUCUCGCCAACAUGCGUGUGGUGCAGAAGAACCUGGUCUACGUCGUUGGUCUCAGCUCCAAACUCGCCAAGGAGGAGCUCAUCCCCACCCUCCGCAGCAACGAGUACUUUGGCCAGUACGGACGCAUCUCCAAAAUCCUCAUCAGCAAACGAAACACAGCAUCCAAGCUCGUCAUGGGCACAACUGACACUGCUCUUGGCGUCUACGUCACGUACCACCGUAAGGAGGAUGCGGCAAAGGCGAUCGUGGCUAUCGACGGCAGCAAGGGCAGCGACGGCAGGGUUGUCCGCGCGAGUUACGGCACCACAAAGUACUGCACCACCUACCUGCGCAAUCUGCCAUGCACCAACCCGGGCUGUACGUAUCUGCACGAGCCAGGGGAAGAGGCCGACAGCUUCACAAAAGAGGAUUUGUCGACAUUGCGACAUGCCGCCAAAGACACAGAGCACAAGAUCAAGCCGGCCUCGCUGGGCAUCACGCAGGCGCCCAAACGAUCCGACUUCCUCGGCAGCGCCGAUGUGGAAUCGUCCGCUCUACCCAAGACAGCUUCCUGGGCAUCUGGCAAGCUCAUGUCCGCCGCAUCCUCGCCCGCACCUGUUGCGGUGGGCAGUCCUUUCCGCGAUUCCGACAUGCCACCACUCUCAGCUAGCUCAGCGUCCGCACUCGCUCGCAAAGUCAGCUCACAGAAGCCAUCGACACCCAAGGCGCAGAGGCAGGCCUCAACGACGUCCAAGUCGAAGCUCUCCCUGGCCACAGGACGACCCGAGUCACCCGCUAUCCUGGGCACCGACUCACCAAGUCAGUCACAGCCGUCUUCGCCUGUCCUUGGCAGGGCGGCUGCCGUCUCGUCCGCGACGGAUACACCUCGAAAGGACCAAGAGGCCGCUGCGAUCCCUCCGCCGCCAGGUCUGGUCAAGCCGUCGUCUCCACCUGGCCUGGCAAGGUCCGCUUCAACGACCGACUCACGACCCGCUACCCCGCAUACCGACAUCGACCAUCCAUCGUCCAACUACCAGCCUUCUUCCAGUGCGCAAGCCUUGCUCGACGACAUGCUGCAAAGACGAGAAGCUCAGCCUGAGCUUAUCAAGCCCAGCCCUUUCCCCGACUUUGAUGACGCCUUGUCCAGCUUCAAGGAUGGCGACUUUUCGUUCAACUUGCCCGCCAACUCGCAGCUGCCCAGCAAUGACGGGCCUUCCGAGCUCACCAGUGCCUUCACGACGUUCAAUCCGUUCGGUGCGCCUCCCGGCAUCUUGGCUGCUAGUCUCGCCACGGCUGGCACGCCUCCUCCCGGUAUCGUUCGAGCACCCAACCGAAGCUCGACAGCUUCACCGGCUCCACUGAGCUACUCGGGCUCGUUCGAUCCCUUUGCACCUGGCGCCGGGGAGACGAUCAAGGAGGAUGGCAGCUCGUUUGGAGAGAGCACGUACCCGGGCUCAUUGAACCUGGCGGAUCAAACGCGAAAGAUGCUGGGACAGGACAACAUCGUCGGCGGUGGCAUGGGAGGACUGGUUCACGACGAUGCGCUCGAGCCUGGACCGGAUGCAUCGAAGCGCGCAUCUCGGUUCGACUUCGCAAAGCGAAAGGAGUCCGACUCGUUCCUCGGUGCCUCGCCCCUUCGCACAGAGAUGAUGCAGGGCUUUGGCGAGAGGGACGCCUUCGGCCCCGGAAAGGACGUGACGAGUCUGUUGGGCAGCGUCUUCGACCAGGACAGCUCUUCGAACCGACUGAAUGGACUCGGAGACGGUGGAGCUGCUGCAGCAGCGUUUGGCUUGAACGGUCGCGAGACGGGCGGAUUCCCCGGCAUGGGACUGUCUCGACCUCCUCCUGGCAUCGGCGGUCCUGGCUUCGGAGGCCGCUUCGGCACCAACACGCCCCCUCCAGGCAUCUCGGCACCCGCCAGCCGUCAGCAGCAGGCAUUGCUGGCUUCCUUGCACCAGCUCGGUGGCAACAAUCUUGGAAGUGGAUCCGACUCGCAACAGCAGCAACAGCACAGCCAGCUCGGCAACGGUGGCAGCGUCGGCUUCCUCACGGAGCUCCAGCAGCAAGCAGCCCAGCGAGCUCAGCAGCAAGCUCAGUUCGGCUCGGGCAGGGAUGGUUCGGAAGGCAACCGACUGAACGGAAGCGGCAACGCCAGCUCUUCCGACCCGCUCUUGGCCCACUUGCUCGCCGGUCGUCGCCCCAACUACGGCUCUCAGUCUGGGUCGUCCGACCUGCCCUUUGGCGAUCCGGCCAUCAUGUCGAUGAGCCGAGCCCAGAUCCAGGCCGCGCAGCAGCAACAGCAACAGCAGCAAUUCAGCGGCAAUCGAUUCGGUGGUGGCAUGGGCGGCUUCAGCGGCGGCUUCUCGCCCUUCGACCAGAUUAGCAACGCCAAUGCAGGCUUCGGCUCCGCGUCGCAGUUCGGCGAUCACCAGCGCUUCAUGCAACAGCAGCAGCAGCAGCAAGGUCAAGGUCAGGGCCAAGGAUCGGCGUCACCUUACUCCAACAUGUCCUGA